GUAUGAAUAAAAGACAUGAAUGGAUGCAAAAGGGUAGGAGGAAGUGAGAGUGAGCUUGCCAGCCAUUGCACAAUCUCCCCUGCUCAUCAGGUUCAGCUGUGGAUGAAGAGAUGGGGAGGAGAGCUGUGGGCGUCCACCAUGGAUGGGCUUAAAUCUGCCAGGCCAGUCAGGGUCCCUGGGAACCAGGACGUGGAGGGAGCUCUUCCUAGGCUCCCUGAGCUGCAGGGCAAUGGCUAGACCUAGGCAGGCCCCACAGCUUCUCCUGGCCAUUCUGGUGGCCCUAGUGGCCUUCACCUACCAAGCAAAGAAGACCUUUAUAAGUGUCCAUGAAGUGGCUGCAUCAGUACCCUACGUGGUAGCCACCUUGGAGUACGUGACCAAUGAGUUCAACCAGGAAAGUGAUGACAAGUACAACUUCCGGAUUGUGCGUGUCCUGAAGGUCAAGAAGCUGAUCACCGACCACAUGGAGUACCACAUGAACUUCGAGAUGCGGCGGACCACCUGUCAACGGCUGGAGGCCAACAACUGCAGCUUUCAGGAAGGGGAGCUUUACAAGCAAAUUGAGUGCUUUUAUUCAGUGUUUGCUGUUCCCUGGUUUGAAAAGUACAAAACUCUGCGCAAAAAUUGCACCAAUGGCUAGGUGUCCUGGAACACAAACCUGUGGUUACUCUAUGUGGAAGUAUCCUGCAAUACGCAAUAAUUCCCUGUACAGAAAAUAAA